UACUGAGAUAUUGAAAUCAACAAUAUAUAAUUAUGACAACUGAAAUAGACUGUAACUAUUUUUGAAAGAUUGUGUAAACCCUACUUUUUAAAGUUCGUACGGAUGUAAUGAAAACCAAAUCAUUCAAAUACUUUUUACAGUGGAAUAAUUUUUUUAAUUCGUCAAGGCUACAAGAUGGACGGCGUUAUCGUGGCUAUUCCUUUAUGCUGUCUUAUUUUCCUGCCAUUAAUCUUACAGACGAUAGGGCUGUUUACGGCACACUGGGUCUCAAACUCAACCUGUGAUUCCAUUGGUUUAAUAUACAGCUGUUGUUCUGGACAAGAUAAUAACACCUGUGAAAAUACUAAUGGUGGAGAUGAACUCGAUGCUCGUGUUCUUGGUCUCGAAGUGACCGCGUGUGCUAUGAUGAUGGUAGUUUUAGCGAUGACUAUAUUUGGGAUCUGGUAUGAAUGUCACUAUCAUGAGGAAUACGCUAAACUUGUAGUGGUCUGCGGCCUAAUAUUUGCGGGCGCAGAACUCGAUGCUCGUGUUCUUGGUCUCGAAGCGACCGCGUGUGCUAUGAUGAUGGUAGCUUUAGCGAUGACUAUAUUUGGGAUCUGGUAUGAAUGUCACUAUCAAGAGGAAUACGCUAAACUUGUAGUGGUCUGCGGCCUAAUAUUUGCAGGCGCAGGAAUCCUUAGUUUCGUUGGAUGUAUGAUUAUAGUAGGCAACUUCUCAGCAUCACAGCUAGGAUGGUCAUUUUACCUGUGCCUCGUUUCCGGAAGUUUCACCAUUCUAUUGACAGUUCUACUUUUGAUAUAUGUUUUAAAGAAGUUGUAGAACGCAUAUAUUACAGAUAAGAAGAUAUCAAGAAAGCAGUACAUCGAUGUGUUGCGAUUAUUUUUUUACAAUGUAUAUUCAAAGUUACAAAAAUAAUAAACUAAUAUAGACAUAAAAAUGCUUUUUUCUUAUUUAUAGAUAAUAGAAUUCUAAAUUAACAUAUCCAAAUUCCAUGUAUUUUAUUAUUCUUAUUUCAUAUGAUUGUAUAAAAAUACUUCUGUAAAUUGUAA